AUGAACAACAUGGCUUCCUUAAGUUCCCUAGUGCUGCUCUUUGCAGCUUUGGUUCUUUCCCCUCAAGGGCUUGCUGACUAUGUGGAGCCCCCAGUAGAGAAACCUCCUGUGUACAAGCCUCCCAUUCAGAAACCACCAGUUUACAAGCCCCCAGUUGAGAAACCACCUGUCUACAAACCUCCAGUUGAGAAGCCACCAGUAUAUAAACCCCCAGUUGAGAAACCACCAGUUUACAAGCCCCCAGUUCAGAAACCACCGGCAUAUAAGCCUCCAUAUGGGAAGCCACCAGUGCAUGAGUCUCAAUAUGAGAAGCCCCCAGUUUAUAAGUCCCCACCAGUUUACAAGCCACCUGUUGAGAAACCACCAGUUUACAAGCCACCAAUUCACAGGCCUCCAUAUGGGAAGCCACCUGUGCAUGAAUCUCAAUAUGAGAAGCCCCCAGUUUAUAAGUCCCCACCAGUUUACAAGCCACCUGUUGAGAAGCCACCAGUUUACAAGCCACCAGUUCACAAGCCACCUGUUGAGAAACCACCAGUUUACAAGCCACCAGUUCACAAGCCCCCAGUAGAGAAACCACCAGUGUACAAGCCACCAUAUGGGAAACCACCUGUGCAUGAAUCUCAAUAUGAGAAGCCCCCUGUUUAUAAGUCCCCACCAAUUUACAGGCCACCUGUUAAACCACCAGUUUACAGGCCACCACACGGGAAGCCACCUCACCCAAAGUACCCUCCUGGCUCCAACUGA